AUGCGGUUCUGGGUGGAUUGGGCUCUUUGGCAAAAGCUGAGCAUGGUUCUUGCAGUUCUCCUAGCGAUCGUCCUCAUCUACGCGUUCUGCGUCCUUGCUUAUAACCGACGGAUGACCAGAAAACAUGCCGCCGCUGAAGCAUAUCAGAGAAUAGAGCGGGGCACCGAGCUACGUCCGGUAUCAACUGGAGGGAGCGACAUACCAUUUGGGGCCCGAGCGCUAGAGAAGGGUGUCCAGGUAGAUGGUAUUUGGAUAUCUACCAGCAACACAUCAAGUCCAGCGCAGCUUGCAACCCCAAACGCAAGCAGGCCGACAACGCCAGUCGUAAAGCAAACACAUAAAACCUCGGCUGCUGACACCGCAAGCGAUGUGCAAUCCCGCUGGCACACGGAACAGUCUGUUCUCAACGCAGCUGGUCGUGACUCUCGACGAACUGUGGCGCCCUCCAAACAGGAGGUCUCGGAUAGGAGCAAGUCCAACAGCGGUGAUUCCGACAGACUUCCUGAAAAUCAGCUCAUCCAUUCAGAUAUUGUUACGCCUCAGGAGUCCCAGAGCUCGGUCGGAUCAGAUAGACGAUCAUCACGAGGAUUCUUCGGCCCACAUAGCUCAUGGCUAACAAAGUCACCCGAAAAGACCAAGCGGAAGUCGGUUGCUGACGCUCUAGGACACCGUCGAGGGCAAUCAUCGGAAGAUUUCAGGCGCAGGAUCAGCAGGCUGAUCGAGGAAAAUAUCCAAACUCGUCCGAAAGAGGAAUUCCAGCUGAAGCCUCUACCGCGCGAUGGCAUGCAUCGACACAAUGCCUUUGAGUCUCUGGUUUUCAAGCUGAUUACUCCGUGGACUAACGCAGAAACCUACGGAUUGACUGAAAAACGCGUCCAUUCGCGACAAGACCACUUAUUUGUCGGGUUUGUGGAAGUACCAAAUCGCCCACACUACUUGAUUACUUUCCCCGACAACAUUAUGGCGGCCGAUAUGGAGACUCAGAAUGAGUAUGACGAGAGCGGAUUGCCAGGCCCAGGCGCACCCACUCCGCUGUCAGCUCUGGAGGGAGUUGCAGGUUUGACCAGUAGAGACAUCAAGCUCUUCGUUGAUGCGGGCUAUCACACAGUCGAGUCAAUCGCAUAUACCCCGAAGCGAUUACUGGAACAGAUCAAGGGAAUCUCAGAGCAGAAGGCGACCAAAAUCUUAGUCGAGGCCAACAAACUCGUGCCAAUGGGCUUCACAACCGCCACAGAGAUGCACCUCCGACGAAGCGAGCUUAUAUCGAUCACGACAGGAUCCAAGCAACUAGAUACAUUAUUGGGAGGAGGCAUCGAAACGGGGUCGAUCACCGAGAUAUUCGGGGAGUUCAGGACAGGAAAGAGUCAAAUAUGCCAUACGCUUGCCGUCACCUGUCAACUGCCGUUUGAUAUGGGUGGAGGCGAGGGCAAGUGCCUCUAUAUUGAUACCGAGGGAACUUUCCGUCCGGUGCGUCUAUUAGCGGUGGCCCAGCGUUAUGGGCUGGUAGGAGAAGAGGUGCUGGACAACGUCGCCUAUGCUCGAGCCUACAAUUCGGAUCAUCAGCUCCAACUACUCAACCAGGCAUCUCAAAUGAUGUGUGAGACGCGUUUCUCACUUCUUAUUGUUGACUCCGCCACCUCGUUGUACCGGACGGAUUUUAACGGUCGUGGUGAGCUCUCGUCCCGACAGACGCAUCUCGCCAAGUUCAUGCGGACAUUGCAGCGGCUGGCGGAUGAAUUUGGAAUCGCCGUCGUCAUUACAAACCAAGUAGUUGCUCAAGUUGAUGGUGGUCCAAGUUCGAUGUUCAAUCCCGACCCGAAGAAGCCCAUUGGUGGCAACAUCAUUGCGCAUGCCAGUACGACCAGAUUGAGCUUGAAGAAGGGUAGGGGUGAGACCCGAGUUUGCAAGAUCUAUGACAGUCCAUGUCUACCAGAAAGUGACUGUCUCUUUGCCAUCAACGAGGAUGGAAUAGGAGAUCCAAGCCCCAAGGAUCUGGAGAAUGAUUAG